GACAGAUGUCAAAAAUUUACCAUGGCUGCCGUUUUGCUGCCUUGCCGUUAAACGAUUAUUUAUUAGCCAAUAUACUGUCUUUUUGUGCUAUUUGUUAAAAUAUAGGCUCGUUAAAAUGUUUCCUUGUAAAAAUAAUAUUUAAUGUGUAGUAAUUUACUUUUGCUGUGUUGUGUGUAUUCUAAGGUGUUUUAGGCUAAGGAACGUUUGCUAACUUUAGCAAAAAUGGAUGUAGUCGGCAGCGAAAUAGGCCAAAAGAUGAGGUCAGCCAUCAAGGCCAAGCUGACAGAAUUGGGGUGCUAUGUUGAUGAUGAGCUCCCCGACUAUGUGAUGGUGAUGGUAGCCAACAAGCGCACCAGAGCACAGAUGGAGGAUGACUUGCAGCUGUUCCUCGGAGACAACACCGAGUUGUUUGUGAACUGGCUGCAUCAGGUGUUGAAAAAGCUCCAAGAGGUCACUGUUACUACACCGAUAAAGGCUGAUGUUGAAAAAACGAAAGAGAGAUCUGUCUCAAAAGAUAGGAAAGUUAAAGAAAAGAAAGAAAAAUCAAAAAAGAGUGACUCUGCAAAAAAGUCAAAGAAGAAGGAAAAACAAAAAGACAAAGCUCGUAAAAAAGUAGAAAAGAAAUCACACAAGAGUAAGAAAAAAAGUAAACAUCAUGAAAUGAUUCGACCUAAUGUGCCACCUUUACUGAUGAAUAUGGAGAAGGAUUCUGAACCAUCUAUUACAGAUGUAUUUGCUGGACAGAUUUUGAAGAACCAUGGGGUUUUGCUUGAACCAUAUAAAGAAGACCCGAAGCAAGUAGAGACUAAAGCAGUUUUUGAGGAACUGAAAAGACCAAUUAUCCCUAUUAUUGAUCCUGCAACCAUAUCACAGCCUGACACAACAGAGAAUAAUCAAAAUAUUGAUGAGAAUAGUGUAAAUAUUAAUGAAAAUACUGAAAAUAUUAUUAAAACUACUUCACAAGCAGAAGUCAGAGAUGAGCAAAUAAAGGAAAUUAAUCAGAUAGAAGCAAAAAUACAAGGCCUGAAACAGAAGUUGGCAGAACAGUUAGAUUCAAUGUCAGAUGAUGAAGACUUCUUGACUAUAAGGACAGAAGCAGAAGAACUUAUGAAUGACUUUGCUGAAGAUGUAUUGCAAGAAAUAUCACAACCACCACCAAUAACACCUCCCCUACAACCCCAAAAAUCCCCAACACCCCCUCCCAAAAUUUUGGAACCAAUCCAAAAACCCAGAGAAAUAUCCAAAGAACCAGAAACCCUACCACAAAUAGAACUGAACCUACCCAAAAGACCGAUUCGCGAAAGGCUUGGUGCGCGCGAAAUACCAAAGGUUCAAGAAUUAAAGGAAAAAGAGACAACUAAAAAACCAGAGAGUCCUGAAAGAUUCACUCCAGAGAAAGAAAUUGAGUUUCGACCGCAAAGAUCAGCAAGGAGUCGGUUGGGAAGUCAGUCGGAAUUGCAGAGAAGAAUUUCUAUAUCUGAAGACAGCUCUGACAAGUGUGAGUCGAGCUCAAAGAGACUCACUUCCAAAGUGUCAGUAUUAGAGAACCGCAGCGGACGGUCGACGUGCGCGUCGGUGGUGCGCGUGCGUCCGCGGCCGCGCGUGUCCGCGCCCGCCUCCAGCCUGCUCAUGCGCGCCGUGGCGGAUGCGCACAAGAGCUUGCUUAACAUCCCGCCAAAAGUAGACCCAGAACCGCAGAAAAUUAAACGCGCCCUUGUCUUACCGAUGCGGAGAUGUAUGGAAGCUCAAAAAAUUGUCAUACAAGUCCCAGGUGGAGCUGACACACAGUCAGACAGCCAGGGCGAUACCAUUAGCCUCGGUGAUAUGGAUAGUGAAGGCGACGAUAAGAGUUCCAAGGUAGCAAGUGACAUUGCUGAGAAGGUAGACUUUGCGCCACAAAACAUCACCAAAGUUAUUAACAACACUGAUUAUGUGCCGGGAAGUGGAUCUAGUAGACAAGAAGAUAUCAUUGUGGAUACUAUUACAAUUCACAACACAACAGUAGGUAAAGACAAGGACACACAAUUCAUAGUAACAAUGGACGGGUACCAUCCAAACGCCUUCCUAGCAAAAAAACUCAUGACAGAAGGCCUUCUAGACGAGGAUGAUAUGAAAGACAAACCGAAAGAGCCCCCAAAAACUAAACAAAAAGAAAAAGAGAAAGAGAUAAUAAUUGAAACCAAAGAACCAACUAUAGAAAAACCAGAAGAAGUAAAAGAGACAGUCAUACCAAGCGCCCCAAAGAAAAGACUAAGCAAUACAAGCGAUGAGAGUGAUACGCAAGUUAUUAUAAACAAGGAUGAAGAAAGACAAGUCGAAAAGAGAAAAAGCACAGAUGUUAUAGAACCUCCGAAAGAAGUAAAUGUAGAAGAAGAACAAAAGGAAUCUCCGCCAGCUAAAAAAAGAAGAGCAUCACCUAUAGUAUUUGACGUGGGCAAGAAAGAGAAGGAAGAAACUACUAGCAAGAGAGAAAAGGAGACAGUAAGAGAAAGGACUGUGAGUGCAAGCAGCGACAGUCACGUGACUCUGUCUACUACGGCCAGUUCGCAUAAAUAUGAUGCUUUGCCGCCAUUAUCGCUAGCGGAACGCAAGCUAGUCUGGUGCCGUGCGUUCCCGCUGUGUCGCUUCGGCUCAGCGUGUGCCUUCGCGCAUCCACGCUGCAAGUUCGCGGCUGCCUGCACCAGGCGCGGCUGUGUGUACUCCCACUCCCCUAACGCCCUGCCCGGCCCGGCCUCCCCUGCGCCUGUCGUUGCAUCGCACGUAGUCCCAGCAGCCAACUACAAGUCCAUAUCCGCCGUAACUCUCCCCAGCAUGUGCAAGUUCUACCCGGGCUGUGUGAACCCCGCCUGCCACUACUACCACCCCAAGCCGUGUCGGUACGGCAAGGCGUGCGCCAACAAGCUCGAGUGCAACUUCUACCACCACGACGUCGCGCACAAGUGGAAGUACUCCGUCUAAUUAUAUUCACUGAUCUAUCCCA